AUGGACGGCGACGGCGGCGGCGACAUCUUCGACGACGGUUGGUGGGAGGCGAACCAGCAGUCCCUCGACAACAUCUGCCGCGAGGCCGAGGAGAACUCCGCCUCCCGCAACCCUAGCACCGCCAUCCCCGCUCCCGACCCGGCCACCGCCACCCAGCACCACGCGCCGCCCUCCGCCGCCUCGUGCCCUCCUCCCUCCUCCGCCGCGUUUGCCGCUCCCCUCCCCCGCGUCCCCGCCGCCUCGUACCCUCCUUCGUCCUCCGCCGCAUCUGCCGCUCCGCUCCCCCGCGUCCCCGCCGCGCCAAAUGCAUUCGCCGCACCCGCUUCUCCCUUCUACCAGCCUGCCGCCGCCGCCUCCCCCUUCGCGCACCCCUCCCACGUCCCCGCCUCCGCGCCCCGCGCGCCCGUCCACUUCUCGCCUCCCAGGGAGCUCUCCCAGCGCGUCCCGGACAGCGGCUGCGGCGGCGGCUUCUCUCCUCCGCGGGAGUUCUCCCAGCGCCCCUCCUCGUCGGCGGCGGCCGAGGACAGCGACUGCCAGAUCACAGGGGCGGCGGGACCCGACCGGCCCAGGGGCGCGCCAAGGGAGAGGGAUGCCAGGGCGCCGACCCAGGCCCAUGGUGAACGCGUCAAGGCCGUGCCGCCCAGGGGGAGGCUCCCUAGGGCGGCCAAGGAGAAAGAGAGCAAGUCGGCCGAGGAGCUCAAGAGGGAGCUGGAGCGUACCUUGAAGCAGAUGAAUGACUUGAAAAACGAGCACGUUGAGCUGAAGAAAGGCAUGAAAGAGAAAGACCUUGAAAUCGAGGCCAAAGAAGCAGAGAUUCAUAAUCUUAAGAAGGCAAAUGUCAGAGAUAUUUCUAGCAAGGAGAUGGAUAUUGAUCAGCCUUGCCAUACCCCUGCAAAUGAGGCUUUGCAUGCCAGAGGUUCUUGUUGGACAUCCACGAAGAGAGUAUCUUUGGAGGAAAGCGCCCACGCUGAAUUAGAAAGGAACAAAUCUAAGGACAUUAAGACUAAAGGAGUCCAAACAGAUCUUCCACUGAGCAGUGGACAUCUUGAGCGCAAGAAAGUAUUAAUGAAUAACAUCUCUAGCAACCUAUGUGCAAUCUGGGGCAGGCCAGCUAACAGUAUGUUAGGGAGGAGUUUGAUCUCGAAGAUCCUUGCUUCUUGCUCAGAAGAAAUGUUGACACUUUUCCAAUCUGCGAGAUUGCCAGACAAGUGUGAAACCUCUACUGAAGCGAGCUCCUCCAUGAAUAAUGCUAUUUCGGAAGUAUAUGAUACUAUUGUCAAGAUGAAUAGUGACACCAUACCUAUACAGACGCUUCUUGAAGCAUUGCUAAAUCUGUGUGUUGUCGGUAAUGCUGUUGUUGUUGGUAGAGUGCUGCGGAUAUUGCAUAGCAUCUUGCAGAACUUGCUCACUCAUGGAACCAGGUCUAACCAAAGGAACAAUGUUUCUAUUGAGACGUAUGUUGACAAUAACAUCGAAAUGGAGAGGAACAAUCAAGAACACAGUUCUGCUUUGCUGAAUACGCCUGACCAAGAGGAAGAUGGACUUCACAUUGGAAAUAUGUUUCUUCCUUGUACAUUCUGGACUCCAUUCUUCACUGGAGUGCUACAAAUUGCGCUAAAAUAUUCGGAAGAGGGUAUUCGUGUUGAUGCAUUAUCCAUAAUGAUUCUCAUUGUAAGGACCAGUGAUUCCAAAGGGGAGCGUGAAAAAUUUGGAUUUAUUUCUGUAAUGGAAAGCUUGCAUCAGUUGCUGCAGAAAGAGAAUGCAUUGCUCGUAAAGAAGCAUUCGGUGCAUCUACUUUUCUUGCUUUUGAACUGCCCUGUGAUGCUGAAGAUGCUUUGCAGUGGAGGUAAAGAUGGUUCUGAACUGAUGGAAACUGUUGGAUGUGAAAACGAACCACAACAAGCUAUAAACUCAGUUCUUAAGGACUUGUCUGAAUGUUUGACUUGUGAAGCAACAACUUCUCUGGAGCUCAAGCUUUGUCGGCUAGUUGUGAAUCUAUUAGCGUACAUAGCUUCUAGUGGCAAAUUGGGAUAUGAAGUGCUUCUUGGUUCAGUGACUGCCCACGGUGCUAGUUUUCUUGAGUUGACCAUGGAAGUCCUUGCUUCACAGAUGGAAUGCAAAGUUGAUUUUUCAACCGAGGUACAUGAGCUAUUGAAUGAAAGGUAUUUGCUGAUGAGAGAAGUUCUGAUCCUUCUAAACCGACUAGCCUCGCACGCCAUGUUUUCAAAGCCAACCCUGGAGGUGCUGAUGGGGAGCAAGCGGUGCGCGGGGUUGACAAUCGACAUCGCGAUCCGGCUGCCCCAGAGGAGCAAGUACCCCUUGAGGCAGCUAAACCCUCAGAUGGCGAAUGAUCUCGCCGAUUUGGCCCAGAAGUUCCGCUCGCGGGUGUAUGGUUUCCUGGAGGAGCAACAGCAUUCGACAGCUGAGCGUUGCGAUACAGGCGCCUCGGGCAAGCCUCCGAGAGUUCCAAGAUAG